AUGGGGGCAGUUGUCGAGCUCCUCUCAAGACGCAGGCAAUUGUCACAACUUGCGCGCAUGUCAUCCCUAGGCAUUUCAUUCCGCGCUCUUGAUCUAACAUGUUUCAGACACAUCUUCUGCAUACCCUGCGCCGAAAAGACUGGCCUAUCUACGGCACCUCGUAAUCAGCGCCGCUGUCCCGUCUGCAAAACCGACCUACCAAAUCCCCACGACGCAGUCUCGAACUUGGUGAAUCCCCCCGAGGACUUCAAGACCAGCGUCCUCUGUGGCCUCGACCCCGCAAGUAUUGUCGAGUGUGCUCAGAGAGCCCUUUCUUUCUGGACAUACCAAAAUGCUCAGGAACAUGCAUAUCAGCAAUACAUUUCCAGAAACCUGACGCAGAGGUACCACCAACUCAACGCAGAAGCUGAAAGGGAGGCUAAUGAUGCCAAUACUCGGAUUCAAGCUCUGGAGUCGCAGAUUCAGGAACUCAAUGCUGAUCGACAGUCAAUGGACCAAAAGUAUGCCCAGCUUCUGGAGCAGUAUCAGGAAAAGGGCAAAAAGCAAGCGCAGACCCAGAAGCUUUACGAUAUCCUUAAGCAGAGAGUCAUGAUGGAGAAAAUGGAACCACUGGCUGAUAACGACGUAACUCAGACGUUACAAUCCAUCAAUAUCUUACCUCAAAUCGAGAGGACGCAGCCGGCAGUAGAGUCAAGACAAACUUUUCGUGCACCAGAUCCUCUCCCGAUGGCGGACAGAUCAAUCUCCAGAUACGGCCAACUUCAAGACGGCCCGGAACGUCUUCAUCCUCAUCAGAGGUCCGGGAGCAGUGUUAGCGGCAGCGAACAGAGGGGCAUGCUGCCGCCGGAGAGACUGCGAGUAUCGAGGACUCGUAGGUGGCCAAAUAUCACCAAUGUGUUCGUGCUAACCUGUUAUAAUAGCGAACCGGGUGGCCACUUCAAGAACGCCCUUGCAACGAACACGCUUGCCAGCUCAGCCUCGUCUGGGUGUCAACCAAUCUCCUAUACCGGCAACAAGUCUACGUUCUCAGCUUCCAGAUCGUCAUCUGCCAAUAUCGUCUCAUCGCCAGCGAAACAACCCACGCAAAGUCCCAAACUCGACUUAUAA